AUGGCUGCUUUUAUGUCUCUUUUGCCGGUUAUGGACGAGCCGAAGUUCCGCUUGUGGAAGAAUAAUCCGUCCUCUCUGAGCUUUAGCUUCGUACCCGUUGCCUCCAGGAGGAGCAGCGCAUCGAUGACGGACGAUGUCCUUCGGCCGUACACGGACGGCCACGGGCCUCGCCACUCGCACCGCUACGUCCGGGACUGUCAGCCCCGCGUGCAUGGCAAUCGUACACACGAGAGCUUUCCCGCCAGUAACCAGAGCGAUUCGCCGUUGGCUGAGACUAAACUAGUCGUGCACAAGCUGCCUGGACGUGUUGUGAGUGGUCACUUUACGGUGGUCAGCGAGCCGCUACGGACCCUUUCGGUGCUCGAGCCAGGACACCCGGGAGGCUGCAACUCUUCACGCUUGGCCACGGUACAGGAGACGACAGAGGCCGCCGGCUGCAUAGUCGCCCUAAAUGGCGGCUUUUUCAACACCGUCACAGGACAAUGUCUGGGCAACCUGGUGAGCGACGGAAGGAUGGUGCGAGACAGCGGCGGAGUGCAGAAUGCUCAAUUUGGCAUCAAGAAGGAUGGGACACUGGUGUUCGGGUAUCUGUCUCAGGACGAAGUCUUGGACCAGUCCAACCCCUUUGUUCAGUUGGUGAGCGGAGUUGUGUGGCUGCUUCGAAACGGCGAGGUUUACGUCGAAUCCAGUCUGGAGGCCGAGUGCGACAAGACGCAGGAGACCGGCGCCUUCCGCUAUUUCACCGACGUCUUGUCGGCUAGGACGGUGUUGGGCCACGACGCUGAGGGAAGGGUGAUUUUAUUCCAGGUGGACGGACAGACAGGAGUAACGGGAAUGAGUCUUUGGGAAACGGCCGACUUCCUGAAAAGUCACGGUGUCAUCAACGCCAUUAAUUUGGACGGCGGCGGCUCUUCCACGUUCGUGUCCAAAGGCUCCUUGGCAAACUACCCAUCUGACACAUGCAAAGCAGACAAUAGAUGGCGUUGCGCUCGAGCCGUUUCCACCGUUCUGUGCGUCCAUCCAAGGCGUUGCCAGCUGUCGGACUGCGGUCCUCACGGAGUCUGUGACGACGGUAAGUGUGUUUGCGUGUGCGAUGUCGGAUGGAGAGGAGAGAACUGCAGUCAAGAGUGCCUGCCUGGUUUUUAUGGCGAAAGCUGCAAUCAGACGUGUGCCUGCAUGAAUGGUGGCUCCUGCCAUCACGUGCAUGGAGGUUGCAGCUGUGCUCCAGGAUUCUAUGGAAAAAAUUGUGAAGAUGGACGCUCGCUGACCAAAGAGCAAGAAAAUCAAUACCUAACUGAAGCAACAUGGCUGAUGCUAACCAUCAUCCUGAGCCUUCUGCUGUUGCUCAGCUUGCUAGUUCUAGCGGCGUGGCUAUGCAGGCGCUCGCCGGCGACCGACUUGCGUGCCAGCUACUCCUACCUGCCUUUGAUCACCACGGACUGA